ACGUAAAAUUUAAAAAAGUUCGUUGAAUGUGUGAUUGUUUUCAUGUUUUAUUGAUAUUAAAUUUUAAAAAGGUUAAAAAGUGAACUCAAAAUGUCGACAUUUGAUUUUAAUUCGAUCAACGCAGCUUUAUCUGACUCCGGCAAGCCUACAACUGGUGUAGACUUUUCUGGAAAAUCGUUAAAAUUGGACACAGCAAAUGAUGCAAAACCGAUAGUAGACGCAAUCAACUCAUGUCCAAACCUCCAAUACUUGACACUGACGGGGAACACCCUCGGGGUGUCUGCGGCCGAGGCCAUCUCCAAAGCUCUGCAACAACACCCUGAGCUGAAGGUGGCGAGGUUCUCGGAUAUGUUCACUGGACGGAUGAAGACGGAGAUACCUCCAGCCUUGGCUGCCCUUGGAGACGGCAUGAUAACAGCCGGUGCCAGACUCAGCGUGUUGGACCUCAGUGACAACGCCUUUGGACCUAUUGGAGUUGAGGGACUAGCGAAGCUCUUACAAAGUGAUGUGUGCAGUGAGUUGGAGGAGCUUAGACUGAACAACAACGGUCUGGGUAUUACCGGCGGCCGGCUGCUGGCGAAGGCGCUCGGAGCCCGGCCUCGCAAGCUCAAGAUAUUCAUAGCUGGAAGGAACAGGCUGGAGAACGAUGGAGCUACUGCACUCGCUAAAGUGUUUCAGAACAUGGGCACUCUGGAAGAGCUAGCGAUGCCUCAGAACGGCAUCUACCACGUGGGAAUAUCAGCUCUGUCGCAAGCCUUCAAGAGGAACUCACAGCUCGCCAGACUCAACCUUAACGAUAACACGGUGGGCGCUAAAGGGGCCGCCGCAAUAGCUGACGCUUUACCUAAUCUGAAAGACCUGAAAAGCAUCAAUUUUGGAGACUGUCUGUUAAAAAGCAAAGGCGCUAAGGCUCUAGCGAAGGCUUUCAAAGACAACUCACUACUUCUAGAGUCUCUGGACCUAAGUCACAACGAGAUCGGUCGCGAAGCCUGUAUGGAGGUUGUAGAUGCUAUCACAGCUCUACCAGAUAGUAACGAUCGUCUCAGCAGAGUCGUUUUAGCUGGCAACAGUUUAGGCGGCGUCGGUAAUAAGAAGACCAUGAGAGACAAGCUCGGGGCCUGCGCAGAGCUCAGCGACGGAGAGGGGAGCGAGGACGAGUAUGUAACAGACUCGGAAGAAGACAACUCAGGUUCCGAUGAUGAUGACGGUGAUGAUGAUGGUGAACAGAACUCGGAGGACAGUGCCACGGAGGACGCUCAGCAUCACGACAGUAGCGCGGACUUCGCGAAGGAGAUCACACUCGAUACCUCAGGAGUGGAGGAGGUGGAGACAGAUGUAGGCAGGUUCCUGCUGCAGCCGACCGCUGAAAACCUAGACAGACUUGGAGACAACGCCGUGGACGUGAUAGAUGCACAUUUACAGUCGAUACAAGACCCGGCCGCUCUCAUCCAGGCCUACGUGGACGCUACCUUCUGUGUGUGCGGGCUGUCGCUAACACACGCGCGGGCGGCCGCGCUAGGCCCACACAUGUUCCCACUGCUGGUCAAACGUGCCCAGCAACAGCGGGCCGCUGCCUGGCUACUGGCCAAUUCCAUGUUGACAGCGCUGGGAUUGAUUAAGGAGGAGGACAGCAGCUGGGAGUGGUCAGGCCAGCUCCUGCCGACCUCCUCCGGAGACGCUCCCCAUCCGACUGACAGCCGCGGGGAGGGUGCUUCACCUGACAAAUCUGAAGACAAGAACCGCCGUAUACGCUGGUCCCUAGGCCCUUGCUACGCGGCCCUCUCCCGUUGUAUCGACGCGCCAUACUUCCCGAGCGCCCUGCGAGACACACUAAGAUUCUUUGCUCAGAGCAAGAAGAAUACAAUACCAUAUGCUGAACAAUUGUGCCGAUAAAACGUUGAAAUUAAUUUAUUUUUUUGAAAUUGUUGUGUGUUAUUUUAUCCCGAAUAUACUGAUAUAUACUA